UAAAGGAAGAGAUUAUUGAAGCCUGGCAAAGAUGAAUGGUACAGCAGAUUAUUUGAACUAUAAUUAUAGCAGAAUUUUCCAUGAAGAAAAAACUAUCAUUUUCUCUGUUGUAUUGAUCAUCUGCAGUAUUGGAGCCCCAUUAAAUGGAAUUGUUAUCUGGCUGCUUGGCUUCCAAAUUAAGAGAAACCCUUUCACAGUAUUGAUUCUUAAUUUAGCUAUUGCCGACUUUGGGUUUCUCAUCUUUAUGACUAUAUUGUGUAUUGACAUUUUUAUAGGUUUUAUACAGUCAGAAACUCUCCAGAUUAUCUUCUGUUCUCUCUUAAAUGUUACAUAUAUGAACGGUCUGUUUCUUCUGACAGCCAUCAGCAUUGACCGGUGCGUGGCUGUCCUUUUCCCAAUCUGGCAUCGCUGUUCCCGGCCAAAAUAUUUGUCCCCUGCUGUCUGCACCUUCCUCUGGAUCUUCUCUUUCCUCCUGACUGGAAUUAGCGGCAAUUGGAAUAUUUUAAUUGUUUCUUAUAUCCCUUAUGAUAUCUGCUUGAUCGUGACUGCUGUGCUUUGCUUUCUGUUGAUCACAAUCUCUACUGUGAUCCUAUUCAUCAAAAUAUGUCUUAAAUCAAAACAGCUCAAACGUGGAAGAAUCUUAGUGAUGACUUUAAUUACUCUUCUUUGUUUUCUUAUUCUUGCAUUCCCAUUUUAUAUCUAUGUGUUAGUUAUUCAUUUUAUUCGGAAGUGGUAUUUGCUUGAUAGUAUUCAAUUAGCGCUCAUCUUUAGUCUUUCUGCUCCUCUAAACAGCAGCGUUAACCCAGUGAUCUAUUUUCUGGUUGGGAGAAAGAAAAAAGCUCGCUCUAGGGAGAGCAUCAAGGUCAUUUUUCAAAGAGUCUUCAGAGAAGAUGAAGCUCCUGAAAUCUGAUAAAAGUUUAUAAACACAAUUUCAAACUCUCUGUAAAUGCAAAACUUCUGCUGUUCUUUAAUGCUGGUUAUCUCUUAUGAGUGCAUAGCUGUAUUUCUUGUUAUAGAAAUGAAGUAUAAUAAAGGAUUCUUUCCUCUCCAGAGGAAGUGGCCUCUGUUCCAGCUUUAAACCAUAAUUAACAAGUUAAAAUUCAUAUAUGGCUGGAAAAGAUGAUUAAAAUACAUAUAGAAUUUAAGCCAGAAUUGUUAUUAUUAUUCUUGUUGACUACAGUUCCUGAAUAUUAUAUUAGCCCGCUUGAAUACCUGUAUCCGGAAGAUAGUUUGCUUGCUAAAACGUGAAAUGUUAUUGGGGAUAACCCCAUUGUUGUAUCCAUCCCUACCCCAAACUCUUCCCUGAACCCUAUCCCGAUUCCCACCACCAAUAACAAUCCUUGUCUUUCCCUACCCUGAAAAAACUUAAUAAAAUAUUCGAAAGAAAACUAAUAUGAAGUUGUACAUAAUAGUCACAGAAUGGAGAAAGAACAAAUGACACCAGGUGAUCUUUCCUCUGCACCAACCUCUAUGUCAGAAACAAUUCGGAAGAAGGGGAUAAGCAACCCAACACCACACAGUUUAGGAAUUGCUAAACCAUAAUUGCUCCAGAGGCUUUGCACCUUCUGAUGAUUCCCUGGGUGUUGUUAUACCAGGCCAUGGGAAGUCAGUGGAAGGAUUCUGACAACAGGAUUUGAACUCAAGCCCUUUGCUACGUGCUCUGAAGGAGCAUGGCCAGAAAGGCAUCCCCAGGAAGAGAGGUUAA